UACAGGAGAUGACCAGAGACUGAGGACACAGUACAGGAGAUGACCAGAGACUGCAGACAGUACAGGAGAUGACCAGAGACUGCGGACAGUACAGAGAGAUGACCAGAGACUGCAGACAGUACAGGAGAUGACCAGAGACUGCAGACAGUACAGGGAUGACCAGGAGAGACCUGCAGACAGAGAUGACCAGAGACUGCGGACAGCAGGAGAUGACAGAGACUGCAGACAGUACAGGAGAUGACCAGACUGAGACUGAUGG